UUCGAUUUUUGAUGGACUGAUUUGGUUAAGGGGAUAUCGUAUUGUCCGAAACCAAUAGCAGUCAGUCACUCCGCUUCCCAAGAUAACAAACGGCCACCAAAUCGGAGCCGGAGCACAAUUCGGAUUCGGGCUCCGAUUCCGAGCCCGACCCGGCCUAAAUGGCUACUCCUUUCGCUCUCAACGCCGCCCUCUUUCCUUCUCGCAACAAUUUAAUCCUCCUUAAAAGCGGGUCGACCCGUGGACGAGCCGCUCCGCUCGAAGCAGCUGGUUUCUCAACUCGGCUGAUUCACCGCCGCAUAUGUCGCUCCGCCUUCCGCGUCGCCGCCGUGGCAAGUUCCGUCGAGGAACAGCCCAACUCUUCUUCAGCUCGGGAUAUUGAGAAUCUGGUGAUAAUAGGAUCAGGCCCCGCAGGAUACACAGCAGCAAUAUAUGCUGCUAGAGCCAAUCUGAAGCCCGUAGUGUUUGAAGGGUAUCAAGUUGGUGGUGUUCCAGGUGGGCAAUUGAUGACCACAACUGAAGUCGAGAAUUUCCCGGGUUUUCCCGAUGGAAUAACUGGUCCAGACUUAAUGGAUAGGAUGCGACGGCAAGCCGAGCGUUGGGGAGCGGAAUUAUAUCAAGAAGAUGUGGAAUUCGUUGAUGUGAGAAACAGACCUUUCACAGUGCAAAGUAGCGAACGCAAGGUAAAAUGCCACAGUAUUAUAUAUGCUACUGGGGCAACUGCAAGGAGGCUGAGAUUGCCUCGAGAAGACGAGUUUUGGAGUAGAGGAAUCAGUGCAUGUGCAAUUUGUGAUGGAGCAUCUCCGUUGUUUAAAGGACAAGUCCUUGCUGUCGUCGGAGGAGGCGACACAGCUACAGAGGAAGCUCUGUACUUGACUAAAUACGCUCGUCAUGUACACUUACUUGUUCGUCGGGACCAAUUGAGGGCAUCGAAAGCAAUGCAAGAUAGAGUAUUCAACAACCCAAACGUGACCGUCCACUUCAAUACAGAACCAGUGGAUGUUGUCAGCAACACUAAAGGGCAAAUGUCCGGAAUAUUGGUCAGAAAAGUCAACACUAAUGAAGAAUCCGUUCUCGAAUUAAAAGGCUUGUUUUACGGAAUCGGUCAUUCACCGAACAGCCAGUUGUUGGAUGGCCAGGUGGAUCUCGAUUCCUCUGGCUAUGUUUUGGUUCAAGAAGGUUCCGCAAGAACUUCCGUUGACGGUGUAUUUGCUGCUGGUGAUGUACAGGAUCAUGAAUGGAGACAAGCUGUAACUGCAGCUGGAUCGGGAUGCGUUGCAGCUCUCUCGGUCGAAAGAUAUCUUACGAGCGAAGAUCUACUCAUCGAAUUUCAUCAGCCUGUGACGGAAGAGGUUAAGAAAGAACUUACCGAUAAAGAUGUAAACGAAGGUUUCGAUAUCACACUGACGAAACACAGGGGUCAGUAUGCUCUACGGAAGCUGUACCAUGAAAGCCCAAGACUUAUAUGUGUUCUAUAUACGUCGCCGACAUGUGGUCCUUGUCGGACCUUGAAGCCAAUUCUUAGCAAGGUAAUAGAAGAAUUCGACAAGAAUGUCCAUUUUGUGGAGAUCGACAUCGAGGAAGAUCAAGAAAUUGCCGAGGCAGCCGGAAUUAUGGGCACACCUUGUGUACAGUUUUUCAAGAACAAGGAAAUGAUCAGGACUCUAUCGGGUGUGAAAAUGAAGAAAGAGUACAGAACAUUCAUCGAAGCAAAUAAGUAAGUCGGUCUUUCCGGAAAUUUUAUCGAUUCAUAUUCAAUUUUGAUAUUUUUUCCUAAAUGUGGAAAAAUAGCAAAUAUUUGGCUUGUUAAAUGUGAGCAUUGAAUAUUAUCCAAUCUACGUGGAAUAAUAUAUAUGUAAGAAUAAAACUGUGGAGUUCCUCUUGCAAACAUCUGACCUAAUUUUCUGAACUAGGUUAAGCCACGUCUGUUGGGAAUAAAAAUAUUUAAAAAUUGUUGUUUU